CUGGUGCGUAGAGUGGCAAAACUCGCUGAUGAUGCCGACUACGAUGGCGGCGAAGCGUCUGAGAAAGUACCAAGUCCACUGUCUGAUACUGUGAAUGAUGACAACUACUAUGAUAGACGACUUCGGACUAGCUUUUACAAUAUUUCGCGGCGUCCCUGUAAAGAGGCCGCGGCUCCCAGGGGCGCCGCGGCGCACAGUUUUGGAAUCACAGAACUAGAGUAUUAUCCAGUUGUUCUGAAUCUUGUUACAGCUUCGUGGAUGGGUGUUUGUGUGUGUAUGCAACAUCCCCAAGUUGAUGAUAAAUUUACGUUCAAAAACAGGCUCCAGCUUAGUUUAGUCUUCUCGCUUUCUCAUUUUAUUUAG